UCUAGUCUAGUGCAUGUCUCAUGAGUGUAUCCUGAUGAGCAGAUAAAAUGAGUGACACGCCCCUGCCUGACUCAUGAAAGGGACACAGGCUGGGUACACGACAUGCAUAGUGGGGGUUUGAACUUUUAUAUGUUGUUCUGCUUGGUCUGGACUCGAGACAUAUCAUUAUUUUCAAAUAAGAUUCUACUGAACUAAAGUUUUGUCGAUAAAAAUACAGCCCUGCAUUUAGUGCAUGAAAAACCCACGGCUAAAGUUUUGUUUGUUUGUGCAGAUUUUGAAAAAAUAUUUCAAGGUAAUUUCAAGUCUCUCAAAACUUUCCUCUGGUUAUUGGACGUCAGGUUCCAAUAUGUCGGAUGAUAAAGAAGACCAAGAAGAUGAGCUACUUGCCCUGGCCAGCAUCUAUAAUGAUGAGACCUUCACUGCAACCCAGGAAGGUGGCGACCCAGGGGGUUACUUCUCAGCCCAGUUGAAUCUACCUCAUCCGUUCCAUGUGAAGCUGGUGGAUCAGAGGGAGGCCAGUGCUGAAUUGUCCAGCCAACCCAAAGUGGAUAAGGAACCAACCAAGAAAAACCCAGUCAAGGAUCUACAUGAAGUGGAAUAUCUGCCUCCUAUUAUCCUGAACUUUCAGCUGCCUGCAAACUACCCAUCAGAAAGUCCUCCAAAAUAUACUGUAUCCUGUAAAUGGCUGACAAGGCAACAACUAACGCGACUGUGUCAUCAAUUGGACAAAAUCUGGGAGGAAAAUGUCGAGAUGGUGAUUCUUUUCUCCUGGUUCACAUUUCUCAAGGAAGAAACGUUUGAAUUUCUAAAUAUUCAAAACCCGCUCGACCUUGGGAAAAUUAUACCGCGACGGAACAGCAAGCAGGAGAGUGUGCUGGAUGGUGCCAAUAAAGCUGCUGAAAAUGUUACAGAAACUGUGAUAACGUCUGCUCAUAAUAAUGACCUUGACCUGCAUGACCUUGGGCAUGACUUUGACCUUGAUCCAAGGGCAAUCCAGGAUAUUGCUUCCCAGGCCUUGCUUCUUCCAACGAUCAAGGACUAUGAUAAUCAACAAAAGAUACAGGCAUUUGAUCGAACUUUGUUUACAUGCAAUGUGUGUUUCUUGGAGAAACUUGGUGAACUCUGCAUCAAGUUUCAUGAGUGUGAGCAUGUGUUCUGUAAGGAAUGUAUGUCGGGUUACUUUGAGGUGCAGAUUAAUGAGGGAAGUGUCAAGGCACUGACUUGCCCGUUUGAUAAAUGUGAUACGCAAGCCUUGCCAUCUCAGGUCAAACUGCUUGUAAAGCCAGAAAUAUUUGCCAAAUAUGACCGUCUCUUACUUCAAUCGAGUCUGGAUACAAUGGCGGACAUUAUCUACUGUCCUCGCGUCGUCUGCCAAUGUCCGGUCAUGCAGGAUGCUGAGGAGUAUAUGGGGCAGUGCCCAGCGUGUAACUUCGUCUUCUGUACUCUGUGUAAGAUGGCUUACCAUGGUGUGUCUCCAUGCAGGGUUAACUCAGGCGACCUUUACAAACUGCGAGAGGCCUACUUGGAGGCCGGGACAACGGAGAAAAAGUUCCUUGAAAAACGCUACGGGAUGCGAGCGAUCAAACAAGCCAUGGAAGAAACGUACUCCAAGGAGUGGUUGGAUGAAUACAGCAAGAAGUGCCCGAACUGCUCAACACAUAUUCAGAAAAUUGAUGGCUGCAACAAGAUGACUUGUAUAAAGUGCCGUACUUACUUCUGUUGGCUGUGCAAGGGCGUUCUUUCUCGGACGAAUCCCUACACCCAUUUUAACGUGCCAGAUGGAGCAUGUUUUAACAGGCUGUUCGAGGGAACCGACCCUGGAGACGAGUUUGAAGAGUGGCAAGAAGGGAACUGGUGGCAGGAAUAAAUGGAAUUUGUUAGUGAUGGUGUUUCUGUUGGCUGUGAAAGGAUGGUAUCUACCAGGUGUGAAGAAAUGGUAUUGUUUUACAUUGGAGACAUUGUGACACAACCAGGAGUAUAUCGUUGAAGACAGAGUCACAACCAGGAGUAUGUCGUUGAAGACAGAGUCACAACCAGGAGUAUAUCGUUGAAGACAGAGUCACAACCAGGAGUAUAUCGUUGAAGACAGAGUCACAACCAGGAGUAUAUCGUUGAAGACAGAGUCACAACCAGGAGUAUAUCGUUGAAGACAGAGUCACAACCAGGAGUAUAUCGUUGAAGACAGAGUCACAACCAGAAUAAUCGAGAUAGUGGUUUUGUAGGGUGGUCUGGGCGUAGUUGCUAGUCUUUAUUUAUACUUGGCAGAAUAUGCUACAUACCAUUCAUUUUGGUUUUUUAUUUAUUGUAAAUAUCCCAUUUACAUGUAAUUGUUUGUAUAAUUAUACAGUGAUUUCUUGAAUUCCUAGUUUUAUGUCUUCAGCAAAACAAGGAGCCAGUCUUGUUGAAUUUUGAAUUGUUAUCUCUUCAAUGUGAUGACAGACCCUCCUCAUAAUUUCAUUUUUCAGAUGGACUAUACCAGCUUUUGUUGUCUCAGUGAGAAUCUGCAAGAUGAUAAUGCAGAAAAUUCUAUUCUUACUUUGGAAUUAUAAUUUUACAGGAGACCGGAAUCAAGCAUAAAUAAUUUGCUUUACUUUGUUGUUUAGGAGGAAUGAGGGUGACUCAUGUAUACAAUUAAGUCGUAGUUCCACUUAUCAUAAAACCCCGUGUUUUUUCAAGACCCGUGUCUUCGCCGUGUGUCAAAAAACCGGGGGCGCACUUACACCUAUCAAUGUUUAAUAGCCUCGGCGACAGGUGCGCUGUCGGUAGGGAGCUCUCCUGUGUUUCUUUCCUGUUGGAGGGGAAUUUCGCAUGCGCAAUACCGAGGCAACUACACCGCGCCAUCUGUCGCCGGAUCUUAGAACUUGCAAUUGCCAUGUCUUUUCAGAUUCCACCUAUCAAAAAACCUGUGUUGAACACAGGUCUUAAUUAGCCCCUGAUUAGCCCCAUCGAGCUCGAUGGGGCUAAUAGACACGGGGAUUUGACACACAGGUCUAUUUAGACACGGUAAUUCAUAGGUGUAAGCGCAAAAGACACGGGGAUUUGAUAGGUGGAAGUACGACUUUAGUGUUUAAUAAAACUUGAUUAUUAUUGAAAAAA